AUGCCUGAUGGAGCAUCCAUCUCUGCUUCAUCCUCUGAACCGGAUUGCUUAGUAAGCACUCACAAUACCUCCACAUUCAUUGCUUUUCAAUUGGUCAAUAAGAUUUGUGGCCGUCUAAUCAGAACACCUACACAAAGCCCCCGUUGUUCUUUUGAUGGAAGCAAAGAGAAGCAUGGGAUGAAGAUCUCUCCCAGAAACGAUGAAGAGACACUUGCCAACAGAAGAAAAGAAUUUAUCAACAGUCUUCGACUGUACAGGACGUUCUAUGGGGGCCUGGCUGAUGAGCUUUGUGCUAAUGAAUUAGCUGCUGCUGAUGGACUGCCGUGCUGGAAUGGGGAAGAUAUAGUAAAAAGCUAUACUCAGCGUGUGGUUGGAAAUGGAAUCAAAGCCCAAUCUGGAAAUCCCGAAGUCAAAGUCAGAGGAACUGAUCCCGUGAUAAAUCAAAUUAUUGAUAAACUGAAGCACGUUAUUCAGGUGGAACCAUAUGGAAUUGUCAAUAUUGAGCCUUUUUUGACCUAUACAAAUGGUGAUCUUAUGUGUUUCCACCUAAGACAUAGCAGCUCAUUAAAUAUGUGA